AUGUCGCCGACAAAUUCUGCUCAACUAAUGCAAGAGAACGCCUGCUCCAGACCCUCCCGGCGAGUACCACGUUCGUAUUCUUAUGACCAACCUCCUUCAAACGACCACAACGUCGUUUCACGACGCCAAGGCGCUUCAUCCUUCCCCACCCACGCUCGUUUCCCCUCGGACACAUCACACACAUCGCGCUUGUCUGACCAACCUGUCUCUUCGACAUUGACUCUCUCUCCUGCGUCGACUUCCAGCGCGUUGUCUUGGUCUGAAAGUUUUAACACCCAAGGACAGCUAUCACCCGUAACUCCAGAGCUUUCUUACUCGCCGGCGACCACUAUUGCAUCUCCUGAAGUGACGCCUAUAACUGCAUUUCUUUCCGAAUUCUAUGAACCAGAUUCAAAAUCGGGUAGCGGCGCCCACACGCUGGUCUGCUUAUCCCGAAGCAGCCCUCAACGACUAGAUCUCUUUGGAGAGAGAGACAGGAUGGGGAUGAGAAACAAAAAGCUCCCAGAAAUUCCAGCCAGUUGUGUGGUUGGUAAGACCAGUCCGCCUCUUCCAGACGAAAUACACUUGACGGAGAGUCUGCCAUCAAUGUCAUCGACCCGUGUGUCAUCGGAGCAUGGUUCAGAGUACACGCCUCUCGAUGUUCCCAAGUCUCGCCGCUUCUGUCGCAACUUUGGAGAGCCUUUCCGACCAAAUGACCUCAUUCAUGAUGAAUUUCCCACCUAUCUCACAAAGGACUUACCGGUGACACAUUCGUCCUCCUUGCCUCCAUCUCCGCUGGAUCAUGACAUCCUACCCCCACGUUCACGUUCAGAGGUCUGCAACCUCCUCUCAGAGGAUGAAACUACUGCCGUCAGGGAAUUUCUAAGGGUGUGGGGGUCAAACAAUAGGGUGAAGGUGUCUCGAUCAAAGUCGCAGAUGGGUGAAGAUGAGGCUCUAGGCGCCCAUAGUGAUGACGACUACUCAUGGGAGGCGGCAGAAGUUGAGGACGGCUUUGCAGAUCUCACGCCUUCUUGCAGCAUACUUCUUCAAGAAGUGAGCCAGAUGGUCCUCCCGCUUGAAAAGUCGACGAUGGAAGGCUUUGCUUCAAUCGCAUCCACACCUCCGAGCCUCGAUACGCCGGAUCAAUUGACUCAGCAUAGCCAUGAAAUCUCACAGAGCCUGGAACUACCUUCAUCUUAUCAGUCUGCUGCGCUUGUCAGGAGUCCCAGUAUUCUUUUGGACAUUGAUGGUGCCAACGUGGGUGACGGAACUCCUUCGGGUGUCUGUCAGCGUGUGGACGAACCUCUUGACGUUGCACCUCAACCUUCAGUGACUUCUGGUUCAGUCUCGGGAAGUAAUGCUUCCAUACGUGAAGAUCAAGUUGAAGUGGUGGCUGCCAAGUCGAUGGAUGUACCCGUCGUUCCCGUCGUUCUAGUGACCCCCCCGGAUUGCGACGCGGUUCCCCACCGACAACUCAGUCUUCGCAAAGCCAGAUCUGCCGAUGGUAACCUAAGGCGCCGCGGACAGAUUUUCAACGUGGAGAAGCCGCUCAUACAUGACGCGUCUAGUGUCGUGGUCGAUUUAUACAGAGACAUGUCCUAUGUACCCACCAGGAAUCCGCCACCGCUUCCAUCUCUACCAGCUCCCUCGGUGAGGCGUGUUUCGGCACUCGACAGGCUUGAAUCUAGCUUGUCGAGGCUCAAGGCGCACGGUUCGCAUCAGCGGAAGUCCAGCAGGGUAGAAAAGGUUUCUGGAGCUUUGGAAGACCGAAAACCCCCUCCAUCCGCUUUCCUACGAGAGCGCAAGCACCAGUCCAGCGUCGCCAUUCGUAUUCCCGAUUGUCCUUCUGGACAUGGACGCCACUUCUCGAGCCCCAUGCCCGAUGUGGCAUCAGACAAGAAUCGUUCUAGGGCGCCUCGGGCUGAAACCGCUCUCAACAAUGCGCGCCUGCAGGAACGCGCGGCAAAGUUGUUCCCAUAUCCGGAGAACAAAGAGUUGUCUAUGAGAUCUUUCAUGGAGAUGGACGUGGCUCCUCCCAAGGCCCCGCCCCCUCGUCGCACAUCGAGAUUAGGGAGAGUCGCUGCUAGAUUGAGCCAGGGGGUAACGAAUUGGGGUAAGAAUUUUGCUGGAUCUAGGGGCGUCAAGGAAUCUGCGCUGGGCUCGGUUUGA